AUGGCUGCCGUCCCACUGUGGUUGAAACCCGCGAGCGUUGUAAACAAUCCUUAUUUGGGAUGGCUGCCGUCCCUUGACUCGACACUGUGGUUGAAACCCGCGAGCGCUGUAAACAAUCCCUAUUUGGGAUGGCUGCCGUCCCUUUCCCCAUAUUGUAGGAAGCAUCCCGAUCGCCAAUCCUGCAUCACACAGGGACGAUCCUCUACGAUCCUCCACGAUUCAUUGCCAUCUGGUCCGAGCCACUCCCUCAUGUCUCCUCGCGAGCAAGAGAUUCCUUUGUGUCUCGCUGACAUGCGCCAGACGAACGUCUUCUCUCUUGAUUUCCUGCAUUCACAGUGA